AUGGGCAACGGAGGCCGCGGAGAGGCUACGAUGGCGGAGGACAGCCCAUGUGAAUCAAAGACGUUGGUGUACAUUUCCAUAUCACUGAUUGCUAAGCGAAAUCUGCAACUGCCUGCAGAUAAACAGACACCAGAAGAUAUAACAGAAGCAAUGGCAAAGCUGAUGACUGUUCGAUUGGACAGGGAGAAUAUUGACACCCUUGGAAAUUUUGAGUGCUUGGGAAAUGUCUACAGUCUUUACCUUCAGCAGGUAAUUAUCUGGCUGCAGCCUCCCACAGACGGUUUUGUUGAAGUGGUUGAAGAAUUUUUGACCCUGGCAGCCAACAGAAUCCAAAAAGUGGAAAACCUUAGACCUUUGCAGAAACUGGGAUUCUUAGACCUUUCAAAUAAUCAGAUUGAACAACUUGACCCAGGCAACAUGGUUGCAAUGGGAUUGCCACAAAUAAAGGCUUGGGGGCACAAAAAAGCUGAUGAGCAAAUUUUGGAAGACAUGUGGUUGCCCAUGACUCGUCACAAUGACAACUAA